ACGGUCACCUGAUCUGCGGCAGCCGCGGCGGGUCCAGGGAGUGGAGGCCGAGAGGUUUUGAUGGCGGCGACGGCGGUGGAUCGAGUGCGGGUGGGGAUGCGGCGGUCCCUGGCGCUCUGGCAGAUGCCAUGGCUGCCGUUGGUGAUGGUGGCGGCGGCGGCGGUGGCGGUGGCGUCGGAGCAGCAGGUGCCGCUGGUGCUGUGGUCGAGUGACCGAGACCUCUGGGCUCCUGCGGCCGACACCCACGAGGGCCAUAUCACCAGCGACAUGCAGCUCUCUACCUACUUAGACCCCGCCCUGGAGCUGGGCCCCCGUAACGUGCUGCUUUUCCUUCAGGACAAGCUGAGCAUCGAGGACUUCACAGCGUAUGGUGGCGUGUUUGGAAACAAGCAGGACAGUGCCUUCUCUAACCUGGAGAAUGCCCUGGACCUGGCCCCCUCCUCUCUGGUGCUUCCUGCCGUUGACUGGUACGCGGUCAGCACUCUGACCACUUACCUGCAGGAGAAGCUGGGGGCCAGCCCCCUGCACGUGGACUUGGCCACCCUCCGGGAGCUGAAGCUCAACGCCAGCCUCCCGGCCCUACUGCUCAUCCACCUGCCCUACACAGCCAGCUCGGGUCUGAUGGCGCCGAAGGAAGUGCUCACGGGCAACGAUGAGGUCAUCGGGCAGGUGCUGAGCGUGCUCAAGUCGGAAGACGUUCCGUACACGGCGGCCCUCACGGCAGUCCGCCCUCCAAGGGUGGCCCGUGAUGUAGCCUUGGUGGCUGGGGGUCUGGGUCGCCAGCUGCUGCAGAGACAGUCGGCAUCGCCUAUGAUCUUUUCCCCUGUGAGUUACAACGACACUGCCCCCCGGAUCCUGUUCUGGGCCCAAAACUUCUCGGUGGCAUAUAGGGACCACUGGAAGGACCUGACCUCCCUCACCUUUGGGGAUGAAGACCGCCUCAACCUGACCGGCUCCUUCUGGAACGAGUCCGUUGCCAGGCUUGUGCUGACCUACGAACAGCUCUUUGGUACCACAGUGACAUUCAGGUUCAUUCUGGCUAACCGCUUCUACCCGGUGUCCGCCCGACACUGGUUUACCCUGGAGCGCCUUGAAAUCCACAGCAACGGCUCCGUCGCCUACUUCAAUGCCUCCCAGGUCACAGGGCCCAGCAUCUAUUCCUUCCACUGUGAGUACGUCAGCAGUCUGAACAAGAAUGGCAAUCUCCUCGUGCCCGGCACACAGCCCUCUCUCUGGCAGAUGACUUUUCAGGACUUCCAGAUCCAGGCCUUCAACGUGACGGGUGAGCAGUUCUCCUACGCCAGCGACUGUGCAGGCUUCUUCUCCCCGGGCAUCUGGAUGGGGCUGCUCACCUCCCUGUUCAUGCUCUUCAUCUUCACCUACGGCCUGCACAUGAUCCUCAGCCUCAAGACCAUGGACCGCUUUGACGACCACAAGGGCCCCACCAUAGCUCUGACGCAGAUCGUGUGACCCUGCGUCUGUGGGGGGGUGAGGGCGUACUGGUGUCCAGGUCAUCGCGUUCCCACCAGAGGCAUGCUGGACGGGAGGGCUUCCCCUCUGCCUACGGUAGCAUGA